UUCCUGUCCCCCCCCCCCCCUGCGGCCCCCGGCCCGGCGGGGCGGCCCGGCUCCGCAGCGCCCUCCGCUCGGCUCGGCUCGGCCCGGCUGCCCGGCGCUUCCCCGGCGCCCUCGGCCCGGCCCGGCGGCGGGAGGUGCCCAGGAUGCCCGAGGAGCGCGGCUCUGUCCCACCAUGUCUGUCUCCAAACUGCAGGAUGUGGAUGAGGUUUUCGAUUUUACCGCUGUGGUUCCAGAGACGCCGCGCUUGGACAGCAGCCUGCAGAAGGCCCGCGCGCGGCUCCUGGCCAAGGGCCGCCGGCACCGGCCAUCCCGCUCCCGCCUGCGAGACAGUGCCAGCUCCACUGAGGGCGACGAGGGGCCCGAGGCAGCGGAGGGGCUGGCGGGCACCCCCUUGCCCCAGCCCUGCCACAGCUCCGACAGCUCGCCCGGCUUCGCCCGCCGCGACGCCCGGCCCCAGCGGCACAGUGAAGACGACAGUCGGGACAUGAGCCCCCCUGAGCCGGCCAGCCCCAUUGUGGGGCUCGAUAAGAAAACGCGGAGGAAGUUCUUGGAUUUGGGGGUGACCCUGCGCCGGGCAUCCUCCAGCAAAAGCCGAAAGGAGAAGGGCAGCAACCGCCUGUCCAUGGGCAGCAGGGAGGUGGUGGAGGGUCCCAGCCGCCCCUCAGGGUCACCCUUCCUGCCCUUCUCCUGGUUCUCGGACAGUGCGAGGGGCUCAGCCUCCCCCGGCUCCGCAUCACCCACCGGCUCCCCCCAGCAUGAGGGGCUCAGCCCUGCCAAAUCUGCCUCCCAGGACUCGACGCUGAGUGAGGACUCCCCACCGCCCAGUGCCAGCCCACGCCUGCCUGGCCCCCCCCCCACCAAGUGCUCCUACCCCUACCACACCCUGUCACAGUCCUCGGACGAGUUCCUGGAUGAGCCCCCUGGUGCGGCCGCAGGCUGGACGUGCCAGCAGGUGGGACAGUGGCUGGAGAGCCUCAACCUGGAGCAGUAUGUGGAGGAGUUCUCGGCCCAUGGUGUUGAUGGUCCACGGCUCCUGCACCUUGAUGGUGCCAAGCUCAAGGCGCUGGGCGUGGGCAGCUCGCAGGACCGUGCAGUGCUGAAGCGGAAGCUCAAGGAGCUGAGCCUAGCUGUGGAGAAGGAGCGCAAGGCCCAAGAGAAGGCGGAGAAGCAGCGGGAGAAGCAGAAGAAGAGGGACCAGGAGCAACGGUGGAGCUAAGGGGGGACCAGGAGCACCCCUGCACCCCAUCCCCACCCACAGCCCCCAGGAUGCCCUGGGGACACCCAGCUCCGGCACAGCCGCUGUGGCCACACGGCCGCUGUGGCCGAGGGACAGCGAUGCCAGGCUGAGACAGGCACGACUGCCCUCUCUGCACCCCAUGGGCACAGUCCGGGCCCCUCACAGGCCCCUUUUCUGGAUGCAAAAGGCACAUUGGACCCCCCUCCCUCCCUGUCCCAUCACCCCCAACCCGAGGGGUCCGGAGGGGUCACAGCCACCCCUCUCACCCCGGCCCCCAGCAUGGUGUGGCACCAGCUGAGGACAGUGCAUGGCCUGACCCCCUCCAGAUGUGCACACCCUCCAGGUUGGGGUGUGGGAAGUGAAUGCAGAAACCCACCCACCCCACCCGCGAAUAUGGCACCCCGGAGGACACCCCAGGAAAUAAAAGGGUACUGA